GAGGAGGUGGCCGUCAAGGCCGCCAGGCUGGACCCUGAGCGGGACCCCGCGGUGACAGCCGAGCAGGUGCGCCAGGAGGCCCGGCUCUUCGGAGCCCUUCAGCACCCCAACAUCAUCGCCCUGAGGGGCGCCUGCCUCAGCCCCCCAAACCUCUGCCUGGUGAUGGAGUACGCUCGGGGAGGUGCCUUGAGCAGGGUCCUGGCCGGUCGCCGAGUGCCCCCUCACGUGCUGGUCAACUGGGCCGUGCAGGUGGCUCGGGGCAUGAACUAUCUACACAACGAUGCCCCUGUCCCCAUCAUUCACCGGGACCUCAAGUCCAUCAACAUCUUAAUCUUGGAGGCCAUUGAGAACCAUAACCUCGCUGAUACGGUGCUCAAGAUCACAGACUUCGGCCUUGCCCGAGAGUGGCACAAGACCACCAAAAUGAGUGCCGCGGGGACCUACGCCUGGAUGGCUCCCGAGGUCAUCCGCCUCUCCCUCUUCUCCAAAAGCAGCGAUGUCUGGAGCUUCGGGGUGCUGCUCUGGGAGCUGCUGACCGGGGAGGUCCCCUACCGACAAAUCGACGCCUUGGCCGUGGCUUACGGUGUGGCUAUGAACAAGCUGACGCUACCCAUUCCCUCCACGUGCCCCGAGCCCUUUGCCCGCCUACUGGAGGAAUGCUGGGACCCCGACCCUCAUGGGCGACCAGAUUUUGGCAGCAUCCUGAAGCAGCUGGAGGUGAUCGAACAAUCAGCCCUGUUCCAGAUGCCGCUGGAGUCCUUCCACUCGCUGCAGGAAGACUGGAAACUGGAGAUUCAGCACAUGUUCGACGACCUACGGACCAAGGAGAAGGAGUUGCGCAGCCGAGAAGAGGAGCUGCUGCGAGCCGCGCAGGAGCAGCGUUUUCAGGAGGAGCAGCUUCGGCGACGGGAGCAGGAGCUGGCCGAGCGCGAGAUGGACAUCGUAGAACGUGAGCUGCACCUGCUCAUGAGCCAGCUGAGCCAGGAGAAGCCCAGGGUCCGCAAACGCAAGGGCACCUUCAAACGCAGCCGCUUGCUCAAGCUGCGGGAAGGCAGCAGCCACAUCAGCCUGCCCUCCGGAUUUGAACACAAGAUCACCGUCCAGGCCUCUCCCACCCUGGACAAGAGGAAAGGAUCCGAUGGGGCCAGCCCUCCUGCCAGCCCCAGUAUCAUCCCCCGGCUGAGGGCCAUUCGCUUGACUCCCAUGGACUGUGGCGGCAGCAGCGGCGGCGGAACGUGGAGCCGAAGUGGACCACCAAAGAAGGAAGAACUGGUUGGGGGCAAGAAGAAGGGCAGGACGUGGGGCCCCAGCUCCACUUUGCAGAAGGAGCGGGCCGGAGGCGAGGAGAGGCUCAAGGCCCUGGGGGAAGGAUGCAAGCAGUGGUCCUCGAGCGCCCCCAACCUGGGCAAAUCCCCCAAGCACACCCCCAUGGCCCCAGGCUUUGCGAGCCUCAAUGAGAUGGAAGAGUUUGCGGAGGCAGAUGAAGGCAACAGCGUGCCCCCGUCCUCGAGACCCCCUUGACUUCCCUCGACUUCCCGACCCUCAGGCCUUGUUCCCCACCCGUCGCCGGCCCCUGGAGUUCCCUGGCCGUCCCACCACCCUCACCUUUGCCCCACGACCCCGUCCAGCUGCCAGCCGCCCCCGUCUGGACCCCUGGAAACUGGUCUCCUUUGGCCGGACACUCAGCAUCUCGCCUCCCAGCAGGCCAGACACUCCAGAGAGCCCUGGGCCCCCCAGUGUGCAGCCCACGCUGCUGGACAUGGACAUGGAGGGUCAGAGCCAGGACAACACAGUGCCCCUGUGUGGGGCCUACGGCUCUCACUGAGACCUGCCCACCACCACCCGCCUGGGCAGCCAUGAAUGUAGCGCCCCAGGCUCCGCCACAGCCCACUGGACCCCAAGGUGGGGGAGGCCCUGGGCAGGAUACUCACUCUAUUUAUUGGGGAAGGGGGGAGGGGAGGACACUUAAUUUAUUCCUUUGUACCCCAGGGGGUGGAGCUCUGAGCCCAGCCUGCUGUGGGGAGAGGGUGGGCAGGGAUACUCAGGGACAGGACAUUGUUGGGAAUUUGGCACAAAACACAGCAUUAAAGGUAACCCCUGCCCCCUA